AUGUUUGAAUCUAUCAAGGCCUACAUUGUCGCAUGGUUGCCAGGUGAAGUUUCACCUCAGUUGAAAAAAUCUGUCGAAUCAACCAUUGAAUCAAACAAGCUUUUGGUGUAUUCAAAGACUUAUUGCCCGUACUGUACCGCAACCAAGAAUUUAUUGAAUAAGCAUGGUGUUGACUACAAAUUGAUUGAGUUGAACACAUUGCCUGAUGGUGGAAAUAUUCAACGUGCUUUGAAAGAAAUUACGGGGCAAAGAACUGUGCCAAAUAUUUUUUUCAAUGGUAAGCAUAUCGGUGGUGAUUCCGAUUUACAGGCUUUGGAGAGCAAAGGCGAGUUGACAGGUUUGCUUGCAAAGUUGUAA